AAGCCCCUAAUUUAUACUUGUUUUAUAUUUAUUUAUAGAUAUGAACUAGAUUUGAAAAUUUUGAACAUUCAAAACAGAAAGUUUUCCGAAAUAUUUUGCAAUGAUUUUGUUUAAUAUAUUAAACUAUUUUAAAAUUUUUUUAUUAUUAGUGCACACAAAAUUUGAGAUUAACACAGGUAUCCAACUUAGGUUUGUUUUGGAAUCUGAUGGUUGUGAAAUUGAUCCAGAAGAUUUCCCAUUUGUGCUUAGAUCUGAUACUUCAAUCAUUGUGCUUCAACCUAAUGAAAAAUGGAAUGAGAAAAGAGAAAUUCAAACCCCUAUUAUGGAGGCAUCUGCUGGUGGAACUGACACCUUACACAGAAGUAAUAUUACUGAUGCCAUUACUCCAUCAUUUCAUUUGACUAACAAUGAGGUAACUCAAACACCUUCUAACUCUGCAUCUGGUGUUUUUACGAGUCAAACAUCACUUGAGUCUUUUUUGCUCCAACAUAGCAAGUCCAAGCAGCAUAUGUUGCGUUUAAAAACUGUUGGGUAUGGCAUUGCUCUCCAUCAACUAUGUCACAGCUGCUAAAGUUAUUGACUUGUAUGGUUUUUACCUUUCACAUCCUGCCACACACACUUCCAAAUCCUGCCACACACACUUUUCC